AUGCCAACCAUCCUCCCGUCAUGGCCGCAUGUUCUCUUUGGCAUUCUUGAGCCUAUUUCCCUAGUGAUGGGAAGUCUGUCACCAAUAAUUGAUUUAGACGGUUUCAUAAACGGGCAAACACCCCACGUUCCCGCCCCAACAGCCCAACACCCCAGCAGUGUGGCACUAGCCUACCAGCUUGGCAAUCUCUACCACCUCCUUUUCCUCGUCGGAGUCGCCGUCCUACACACAACAACCGAACCCAGAGUCAUCCGCAACUACCUGAUUGGUCUGGCGAUAGCCGAUGUCGGGCACGUAUACGCCACAUAUAUCGCGAUGGGAUGGGAGGGCUUCGUAGAUGUCGGAGGCUGGAAUGCACUGACAUGGGGAAACAUCGGGGCGACAGGAUUCCUAUUCGCGAAUCGAAUCCUGUACUUCCUCGGACUUUUUGGGAAAGCGCAAGUGCCCAAGGUCGCGGAAAAGAAAGAGUAA